UACCGUUUAGCUACUAGCCUCUCUGUAAUGUAUAAGGGAAUUAAAUAAUGGGGAGCAUCGAAACUUUCGUGUCUUUGGAUCAUUUUUGUGCAUAUCUUCGAGAGUAUGAGGAGGACACUAAAACAAAGUUCAUCGUUCUGAAGAGCGACCGAUCAUUUGGAAAAAGUGAUCAGACCGUGGAGAAACAGCUAAACUGGGAGGUGAAGACGGUCCCUUUCAAUGGCAUACCUUUUAAGGUUAUUGGGAAAAAAACGUAUAUAUGUCACCAAGGAAGAGACAAGCAUGCCAAAGCAAAACAGAGACGUGAGGAGACAAAAGCACAAUGUCUCAAAGAGGAUCAUUCAAAUGUUAAAACAAGACGUUUGAUGCAACCCACUAAAAAAAUGGGUUGUCCUGCAACCAUAUAUGUAUCUCAUAUUGUGAAAUUUCCAGAUUAUUUGAUAACUGAAGACAACCCUAACCAGAAACGUGACAAAUCAUCUGCCUUAAGAGAAGCUCUAAAAAAAGAUCCAUCCCAGGUGCGCUCGGAGGAAAUGUUUGCAGCCUGUUUCCCAAAUAUUAAGGAUCAUCAAAACCACCCAAUUGCUGUAAAGGCAACCACAGACAUUUUGAACAUCAUUCAAAAGAUAAAGACAGGGAACAGGACAUCCAGCACAGACCAUCUUAAUCUACAGGCCUUGGUAAACAAAUGGAACGAAGAGGGCUAUGCUAUUGCGUACAGACCCGCUCAGGAGAAGUGUGGUACCAUGUCGAGGUUGCUACUGUGCAUGCAGAUGCCUUGGCAGAGGAGGCUUAUGUUGCUGUAUGGACAACAGAUCUGCUUACUGGAUGCAACCUAUCGAACAAGCAGAUAUUCAAUGCCUCUCUUCUUCCUGUGGGUGAGGACGAAUGUCAACUAUGCCAUUGUUGGAGUGUUUAUAACUCAGACUGACACUAAAGAGGACAUCGCAGAUGCCUUGAAAGUGUUUCAGAAUUGGAAUUCAGACUGGAAUCCCUCACACUUCAUGGUGGAUUUCCGUGAGGCAGAAAUUGGUGCUCUAGAAGAGGUGUUUAAGGGCUCUAAAGUGCUCCUUUCUGAUUUUCACCGAGAGAAGGAAUGGUUGGAGUGGACAAGAAUAAAGGACAAUGACGUGACAUGCCAGAAAGAAGUUCUUACACUUCUGCGGGCCAUAGCAGAUGCUCAGACAAAAGAGGAGUUUCAGAACAGCACCGUUACCCUCAAACAACACCCUGUCUGGCAGACCAAUGAGAAGCUCAGAAGAUGGUUCUCCAGCAAAUGGCUUUCUCAAGUAGAGAGAUGGUUAAAAGUGUUCAAAAAUGAGAAUCUUAAGUUGGUCCUCUACACAAAUAACGGGGUGGAAAGGCAAAAUGAAGCUUUGAAGCAUUCAUACCUGGAGGGGUACAGAAACUGCAGCCUGAGUGAAACACUGAUCGUGAUAGUGAGAGACCUCCUGCCAAGAUCCUAUCAGAAGUAUGUCGAAUUGAAUGUCAAAUGCUCAAGUGGCUAUCGCAAAUACAGCGCAAAUGUGCCUUGUUAUCUGAGAGACAGGCCAAGAAUGGUCUCUCAACACAUCAUGGCGAGGCACCAAGAGUCCCUGCUUUUCAAUAUAAGUGACAUAACAUCUGCUGACAAGGCUGUCUUCAAUGUUAAAAGUCAGACUUCACAAGAAGAAUAUCAGGUGAACUUCGGAAGUGAUGAGCAGAUGCCCUCAUGCACAUGCCUGGACUGGCAGGAAAAUCUUCUCCCAUGCCAGCACUUUUGUGCUGUAUUAAACUUGGUUCCCGACUGGAAUUGGGAGAACCUAAGCUCUAUGUACAGACAGAACCCUUUCUUCACUCUAGAUGAGGUUUGCCUGGGACACUCCGGGACACUUCCUGUAACUUCUUCUGCUGAUCUUCAUUUAGCGAGACAAAGAGCAGAGGUUCUGAAGAAGAAACGGAAGAACAAAAAGACUCUAGAGAUAGGCAGCUCUACGCAACCAUCUGCUCCACCAUCAGCCACCAUCCUAACCACCCCUAGUUUCCAAGCACAGAAACUGCAAAAGUGUGGGAGCUUAUUAAGGGAGAUAACUGAUCUGACAUGCCACUUACAAGAUGAGACUUUUCUCGAUUCAGUAAUUGAUCGCCUUUCUGAUCUUUUAGAAGACGUGAGACACCACACUCCCCAUAACGACACUCUUGAUCUUUCCUACACACCACCGUCCAAGAAAAUGUGUUCAGUUCCCAUCGGGCAUCCCAAUCCACUUAGCACAGUCCCUAAGCCAUUGUGCUAAGUGGUGCGAGUAAGUCCCUACAAGUGACAUUUGAACUACGUAGCACAUUACUUCCCUUAAAUGUCUUGAUUUCAGUCUGUUGUCAAACAUUACAAGCGAGUUACUUUGUUACACAAUGUCUCAAAUUGCUGUUUUUUCUUCAAGAUCUAUCUAAAAUUGUUCACUUAUUUGUAUGAUUGACUAUUGUGGGCAUACCUAUCUCUACCAUUACUAGUGCUUGGCAUGGACAUUUAUUUGUAUUAAAGAUAUAGUUCAUCCAUUUACUCACCCUCAUGCCAUCCCAGAUGUGUAUGACUCUUCAGCAGAACACAAACAAAUGUUUUUAAAAGCAUAUGUCAGCUCUGUAGGCCCAUACAAUGCAAGUGAAUGGUGAUCAAACCAUUGUAACUCCAAAAAAAUGUAAUAAAGGAAACAUAAAAGUAAUCCAUAAGACUCCAGUGUUUAAAUCUAUAUCUUCUGAAGUAAUAAAACAGGUGUGUGUUAGAAACCGAUUAAAAUUAAGUCCCUUUUUUACCCUUAAUCUCCACUUUCACUUUUACAUCUGAAAGUCACAUGUGGUGCCUGUUUAGUUACACUUUCACAUCUUAGAGUUAAAGUGGAGAUUUAGAGUAAAAAAGGAUGAUUGUUCUGUUUCUCACUGACACCUAUUAUAUCUAGAUAAUAUGGAUUUAUAGAUUACUUUCCUUUAUGUGAUUUUUGGAGCUACAAAGGUCUGAUCACCAUUCGCUUGCACUACCCCUGCCCCAAGUAGAAUA